GAUUUAAUUCAAUUCUCAAAUUGACGUCAAUAAAGAUUGGUUUAAUUGCACAUGGUCAGCUCUUCCGGCUCCCACGAAUACGGAUUUCAAACUCUGUCGCCAUGGAGGAACAACAUCGUCCACUGGGACCCUCCAACCAUUCUUGGACGGUCUAACAACGGGAGAACCGAGAGAAUGCUAUUUCUUCAUCGACGUGCCUUUGAAUGAGGAAAUUGAGAUUUUGUGUUCUUCCAUGAACUUGUCAAGUCCUGGAAGUUAUUUGCGGCUCGUCGGUGUGUCUGAUUUUGACGAGAAUCCGCCCGUAGAAAACGGAAUUUAUUUGUCGAAUGGGACGAGAGUCCUUGUGUAUUCGCAAUUCAACAACGGGGAUUGGUGUGUGCAUUUGGGCGUCAACAACCUGCCCUGCGCCACUGACGACGACAUCGGACUCCUCAAUUGCUACUACACCGACUUUGUUCGGAAAAACUUCUUUGUCGACAACAACAACCACGGGAGUCGCCGAAACGUCGACCACGUCGAGCACAACAACGACUUCAACAACACCCCAAACAACAGCGGUCUCCACCACUACCACCGCACUGCCAACCACCUCAACAACUAGACCAUCAAUUUCGUCGAGCACAACAACAGUUCCAACAACAUCGACUGCGCCAUCUACCUCGACUUCAACAACACCCCAAACAACAACUGUAUCAACCACUACCACCGCACAGCCAACAACCUCCACAACUAGACCAUCAACUAUGUCGACACGGCCAACUACAACCACGACCCCGACAACGACUACCGUCGCACCUGUGACUUGCUCUGUUGUAGCUCUUGGCACGACCUCGCAAACACUUUGCGGGACUUGUACGAUACAGUCGUCAACCAAGGGGACUAUCCAGUCUGUUAAAUACCCCAAUGAAUACGGAGUGUACAAUCUUUCCUGGGAUGAGCCCUUCAACUGUCGUUAUUUGAUUAUUGCACCACCGACCAGGAAAAUACGACUGACAUUCACCACGUUCACUGUCGACUUAAAUGGAAAGGACUAUAUCACUGUUUCUGACGGAAUACCUCCGGCUGGAACGUUUCUAUCGGGAAAUCUCACUGGUUACGUCCUUCCCGCUACUCCGUACACGACUGUCGAGACUAAUCAAAUGGCAGUCGUUUUCAAGGGAAAUAUGUAUAGUAGAAUUUCAUACGCUAAUAAGCCUGGCAAGUGGCAGGCGUCAUUCGAGGUUAUUCUGUAAUUCUAAGGCUCACGCCCAUCGGUCCAAUCCCCAGGGCCUUUUGAAAAAUGAAUUCGUGUGACUGUGUAUCCACGAAUCAAUAAUUGGCAAAUCAAAUAUAAUUCGGCUUUCUAAUUCUAAUUCGCCCAUCGGUUGACAAACAUCGAUGAUGAUGAGACUGAAACACAAUCGCGUCCUUUUAUUCCAAUUCCAUUCAUUCAGGACAUUAUUUUCAAAUGGUUGACGUCUAAAAGAAUUAAUGUCAUUUUUUUUUAUGACGGGGCAAAUAAUUAAAUUGCUAAAAUUCAUUGUUCACGAUGUUAUCGAGCCAAUUUUUAAUUGAAUUUAAUCUUCCA